GCCCGUCACGUCCUGCACCUCUCCCCACACGGCAGUGCCCGGCUCCCGGCCCUCUGCUCCGGACCCUGGUGGGUCAGCACCGUGUCAGCGCUGGGGGGAGGAGGAAGAAGAGGAGGAGUGUGAAGAGGUGACUGCUGGAUGCUCACAGCGAUGCCCCUCUUGGGGAGGCCUCUUGAUGAGGGUAAUGGGGAUGCACCCUGUUUUGGGGGCUCCUGACCCAUCUGCCUGGGAGGGGGGCCCAAACCGUGCCGGAGGGAUGACGGGACUCCGUGUGGACGCUGCAGCCUCUGAAUCCCGCUGUCAGCCGUGCUGAAGGCCACGCUUCCUGCUCUGUCCUGCACGCGGCUGCCAGGGCGCUCGGGGCGGUGGGUGACGGGGUGGCUGUGGCACAGCUGCCCCCAUGGAGCCGGCAGCGGGCGAGCGGGCAGGGCCUGGCUCCCAGCCAGUGCAAGCGGAUGCUGGGGAGGGCUGUGCCGGGCAGCGGGGUGACAGCGAGGCCGUGGGGUCGCAGGGCCCCGAGGAGCCGCCCCGACUCUGCCCAGAGGUGCCCGCUGCUGCCUGGGGCUGCUGGAACCUGCUGCCAGAGGAGGAGACGGUGGAGCUGCUCCUGCCCGGGCACGACGAGCCGCCUGCCCGCGGUGCCUCCCCACCCACGGGCCAGGACCCUCCCGCUGCCGUCACCACCACUCACAGCCCCAUCCUGCCCCGUGGAGAGAGCCCAGUGCCGCGGGGAGGGUCGCCCGGCCUGGAAAGCGCCUCCGGCUCCAUCCCGAGCCUCUCUGGCAAGGACGAGGAGACGCUGAGCGAGGUGGUGGCAGAGCCGUGCCGCGUGCCAGCGGGCAGCGAGGACGAGUGUCCCAUCUGCACCGAGCCCUACGACGAGCAGCGGCACAGGCUGUCCCUGCUGAACUGCAACCACGGGCUGUGCCGCGCCUGCCUGCGCGCCAUCAUGGACACGGCCGCCGGCGCCGAGUUCGGCCGCGUGAGCUGCCCCAUCUGCCGCCAGAAGACGCCCAUGCUGGAGUGGGAGAUCUGCAAGCUGCAAGAGGAGCUGCUCCUGCUGCACGCCCAGCCCGGCUCCCCCGGCUCCCCGGCCACCCCCAGGCCCCCUGCCUUGCCCCCACGGCGGCCGGGCCUGGCGGGUGCCCUGGAGCAUCGCUUCCAGGUGCGGUUCCACACCACGCGCAUGUUCGGCUGCCUGCCCUGCAUCCGCUACCCGCCCUGCCUCAUCCGCCGCCUGCGCCGCCUGCGCCGCUGCUGCCGCUGCUGCUACCUCCUGGUGCUGGCCUUGCUGCUGAUGGCUGAGAUGCUCAGCCUGCUCCUCAUCUUCCUCCCCGUCGUCCUGAUGGUGCUGCUCUUCCUCAUCCUGGAUAAGUAGCGCUGGACAAGUAUUGUGUGGAGAGGAACACGGUUGCUGCUUUGCCCCUGAGGCUGCUGCUGGGACAUGAUGCCAACCUGAGAGCCCAAGUGGCCAGGAUGCUCUGGUACUGCCUGUGAUCCCAGAGUGGCUGAGGCGGUGGAGGCGCUGGAGUGGGCAGCUGAAGGUGGUGACCCGGAGCUGGGCAUCACCUGUAUGCCAGCAGGCACCAGGUGACACAGCACUGCAGCAGCCAGGCAGCAGAUGAGGCAGGAGCCCAUCCUGCACUGGAGACAUGUCUGUGGCGCGGGGCUGGGAGUUGAAGGGGCUCUGCAGGCAGAGCAGGGCUGUGCCGCCUGUGCCCAGGACAGAGGGCCUGGGGUUCCCCAGCAUGGACUGAAAAUACAAC